CACACAAAGAGGCAUUGAUGACACAGGGUCGCAGUACUGCAAGACCUUGCAGAGAGCAACAUCUCUAAUUCAAAUACCGGGAUUAGUCCGAGGGAGAGAACACAUAUCUGGACCAUCUGGCCACAGAGGUAAUGAAGGGCGCCCCAACCAUGAAGUUACCUUUUGUUUUGGGUUUUGCCUUCAUCCUCCCGCUCAUCAGGGCUCAGGUGCCUCAUUGGGGACCUUGUCCAGAGCCAGCUGUUCAGCCAGCGUUCAACCUUAGACAGUUCAUGGGGAGAUGGUUUGAAAUUGCCAAACUGCCAGCCCAGUUUGAGAAAGGCCGGUGCAUCGAAACCAAUUUCACUCUGACGACAGACAACUCCAUUCGAGUGGUCAGCUCUGAAAUACUACAAGGAGAGCUGAGGAAAAUCGUAGGGACUGGAGUCAUAGAGGAUCUGAAGAACCCGGCCAAGCUGGGAAUAAGCUAUUCCUACGUCCUGCCCUACUCCCCUUACUGGAUCCUGUCCACUGACUACACAAACGUGGCCCACGUGUACUCCUGCACGGACAUCCUGAGGCUCUUCCACGUCGACUUUGCCUGGAUCCUGGGCAGAACGAGAACCCUGCCAGACGCCACCAUCCAGAGAGCCAUGCAGAUCUUUGCCAACAACAACAUCGACGUGACCAGGAUGAUUCCCAGCAAGCAGCAGGGCUGUAACAAAACUCUCUGAGCAGAGCAAGAUGACACUUCUGCUGACAGAAGGAGAAAUUGAGUGGAAGAUGAUUUAACUCUGGUUCCACAGAAGACUAAUAUUUAGAUGAUUAUGACCAGGGAUGUAACGGAGGGUACACUCAACUCAGUUACUCAGUUUGUUCAUGUGUGGACAGAGUUUUUCUGCUUUUUGAGACAAUAACAACAGCACAAAAUAACUGCAUGUACAUUGUAGUUUGGUGUGAGGGUGUUUUAUGUAUAACAGCAUACCCACCUCUUUAUUUAACACAACAUCCCUGGUUGUAAUACUGUCAGCUGAGGGUAAUGUUCCGCACAUGUAUAGCCAUUUAAGCUGUUCUUUUUGUCAUAGUGAACUAUUUUAGCUGUUUAAUUUGCAGUAUAAAGUAGACAAAUCAUACUGGAAUCAAAUGAUAUUAGUUAAUGUUUAUAUCACAAGCUGGAAACAUAAAGCAUUCAAUUAGAGUAAAUAAAAGACAGUGAAACAUA